AUGACUAAAGCAGAAUUGAUUGAGCAAAUCGCUGAAUUACAGGAAAACAUUGAUACGAGAUUAUCAAAACUUGAGCUUUCACACCAGCCCCCCAGAUUGACAUCAACAGUACCUUGCAAUAAAUCUACACCAAAGCCCUCCACAGCACCUAUGAAUAUGAUGAUGGAAGAUAGGCCUACUACUGAAGUUACAAUUAAAAAUCUACAGGCAAUUCCAGAAGUCAAAUCAUCUGUAGCUGCUCAACUAGACUCGAUGCCAAUAAUUGGUCAUGCUGAUACCAGAAUUUUACCUGAUAGGCCUAAUCCUAACGAGUUUUACAGAAGUAGUGCAGCCAGUUUAGGCCUAUUACAAGAUCACGAUACCGCAGUGCCAG